ACACAUGAUGCAAAGCGCUGACAUCACUUCAGCUGGAAUAUCUGAUUUAUGGCCUGUCACACAGUGCCAUCUACCAAUCGCUUUGGGGGUAGAAAAAAACACACCAAGACCUGCUGCCACUCUGCAGUCCUUUCAGCCCCAGCAGCCCCACGAUCAUCCUUUGGCCUUUCAAGCGAUCAUUAUUUGCUGUGAUUGACACGUUGGGAUGGUGUACAUUUCAUUGAUGAGAAUUUUAGAGCUAUGGAGCUCAUGAUCCUUCACUGGUACGUCACCCUCCAGCAAUCCCAGGGGGACAAGGCUGGAUUACCAACUGGGUAAAGCGGGCAACUACCCAGAGGCCCCAAGCCUCCACAGGCCCUUGAGCAAGUACCUCCCCUCGCGGUGUGUCGUCAGCAGUUUAUCUCAGGCCCUGGCAGGAGCUCCAAGAGAAAAUGGGAGGAAAUCUGAUCCAUAUGGUGGCACUAUAAAGCUCACCGCUGAUUUGCGGGCUUCAUCAAAACCUGGUCAAGGCUUCAUCACUACUGACGACUGGCAUCCUCCUCUCACACCUGGUCACUGCACUCUGAACUUCUCAGCGUCUCCUCAGCAGCACCAGUUAUCCGCCAGAUCUUUAAAGUUGAUUCUUCUUCGAGAGAUAUGAAGAUACUGGGUCAGGUUGCUUUCUUGCUUUUGCUCGGGGGAAUCUGGUGUCAGAACAACCGUAAUGCUAAAGCCAGUGGAAAGACCACCAAGAAGACUGGUGGGAACCAAGGGGCUGAUGUUGGUCAAUCUACAUCCGUGGUUGAUCUGACUCCUGAAAGCACUGGAACCACUAGAAGCACUGGAGGCACUGGAGGCAAUCGAGGCUCAGCUGAAGCAGGACAGGAAGGUGCUGCAGGUGCUCGAACAGCUGGACAACCGACAGAUGAUAUGAGGCUACACUUCCUUAGGAACAACCAAGUUACCUGUAAUGAUGGAACAGCAGCUGGGUUUUACCUAAAGGAGCUCAGAGGAAGCCGCCGAUGGCUGUUAUUUCUGGAAGGUGGAUGGUGCUGUCACAGCAAAGAGACCUGUGAUUCCAGGUACCAAAAUAUACCCCGACUAAUGAGCUCAUCAGGGUGGCCCCAAACAAAAAGAGGAACUGGAAUAUUAUCUUCUCAGGCAGAGGAAAACCCACACUGGCAUAAUGCAAACAUUGUAUUCAUCCCAUACUGUUCCAGUGAUGUAUGGAGUGGCACUGGGCCUGCCCCAACCCCUCCUCCAAGGCUGCGACAAGGCAGAGAGAAAGAGAGAGAUAGAAAUGCAAAUGCAACUGAGUACACCUUCAUGGGCUCCCUGAUCGUCCGCGAGGUCAUCAAAGACCUCAUCCCCAAAGGAAUCAAGCAGGCCAAGGUUGUCAUGCUGUCUGGCACAAGCGCUGGUGGAACAGGUGUUUUGCUGAAUAUUGAGAGGGUGGCCAGUCAGCUGGAGCAGCUCGGUGCAGAUGCUCAGGUACGGGGCCUUGUGGACUCUGGGUGGUUCCUAGAGAGUAAACAGCAGAGAUCACCUAACUGCCCCGAGACUAUUUCCUGCUCACCUGAAGACGCUAUAAAGAUAGGACUCAGGCUGUGGAAUGGGGUUGUCCCUGACAGAUGUCGGCAGCUCUAUAAGAGGGGAGAGGAGUGGCAGUGCUUCUUUGGCCACAAACUGUACUCUACCUUGACCUCCCCUCUGUUUGUUGUGCAAUGGCUGUUUGAUGAGGAGCAGCUGAGAGUGGAGAACAUCUACAUGGGAGGACAGAGUUUGUCUCAGGAGCAGUGGCAGUACAUACAGAACCUGGGCAGGGAGCUCAAGAACUCGCUGAGAGAUGUCACGGCUGUGUUUGCUCCAUCUUGCCUCUCCCACACAGUGAUUACCAAAAGUAAUUGGAUGAGUUUCCAAGUUAGAGGCACCUCUCUGCCACGUGCCCUGCAAUGUUGGGACAGGAGUCUAGAGGCAACCCGCAACAACAGAACCCCUGCCAAAGGUUGUCCUUUCCACCUGGUGGACACCUGCCAGACGCCCCAAUGUAACCCCACCUGCCCAGCUUUGGUGGACCAGGCCACCCAGCAGGAGCUCACCCUGCUCCAGAUGCUGGUAGCAAUGGGCCUUGACCUCCAGAAGCUGGGCCUGGAUCCCCAGGGAGAUGCAGAUUCUCUGGCUAGCAUGGCCAAUGGUGGCUAAGUGUAAAAGUGGAUAGCAGCUUAAGAGAUAGCCGUGCAAAGGCUUACUAGAAGGGAAAAAAUGUGUUGAAAUUUUAAUGUAACCAUAGAAAUAGUACAGAAAUCUGGUUACUAUGUCUUGUGCUGCUCAGCAUUCCAUUAUGCUUCAUGUGUCUGUUAAAUUGGUGACUUGGCUGGUGGGUAUGUCACUGUGUCCGAUACUGAGUGGUUUGAUGGACACCAGAGGAAAGAGCUUUGGGUCUAAACCAAAAGGUGGUUGCAUAGCUUUGAGUUUUAGCAGGUGACUGGACAUACUGUACCUCCUACAACACACUUUCAUCCUGAUCACUCUACAUGAAAAUUAAACUUCAGAACAUGGUAGUAGGGUUGGAUACUUUUAACGAAUAGAAGCUGAAAUGUCAGAGAUACAAACAUGUUGCUUGGACAGGACUCAUUAAAAAGAAACAUUUGCACACUAUAUAGUGUAGUUGUUUUAGCAUUUUAAAGCUUUAAAGGUUUAUUUAUGCUCUUUCUAACUAACAGUCAUAUUUCUACACAAUAAAAUACAACUCAGAACACACAAAAACUGUGCUAACACUAACUCAAUAGAUUUUUUUUGCACACACCGAUUUUUGUGACUUUUUUAGUCUGUAACUCCUGAUACUAUACUAACUCAUUUAUAUAUUACAUAAUACAGAUGAUUUUAUGUGCAUGUUAGACAAAAGUGUGAUUAGUUAUUGAUAUUCUUCUGUGUAGGUUUAUGUAUUUGACACGUGAAGUCUGGAAUAAAAAGAAAAAGAGUAAGUAACGCUGUGGUUAUUCACCGCUCAGUUGUCAGGAUAAUCUAUAUACAUGGAAAUAAUACAGACUGUUGGAAAUCUUCAAUGUCAACAUUUAAAACUCUUCUUUCACAAUGUCAUGCUAGUUCUGCGAGGCAUUUACAGAUGUUUCAUUUUCAUCUAGACACUCCAAUAACUGUGUCGAGGAUUUCACAAGAACUGUUCCUGCUGUUGAAAUGUAUCAGACUGUUCUGCUGCACAUGUUGAAACAGGGAAUAAAGAUAU